GGCCCCAGGACAACAGCUGCCGGACAGACAGAGCCGGGGCUUCUACCCCAGUGUCCAACAGCCCCGCCGGAGCCCAGUCCAGCCAGCACCGGCACCUCUCGCCCAGCGCCAUGACCUUCUCGGACCUCCUGGACCGCGCGGGGGGCUUUGGCCGCUUCCAGUUCCUCCACCUGAUCCUGCUCGGCCUCCCAGUCCUGGGCAUGGCCAACCACAUGCUGCUGCAGAUCUUCACGGCCACCACCCCUGCCCACCACUGCCGCCCACCCCCCAACGCCUCUGCAGGGCCCUGGGUACUGUGCUGGCCCCACCUUUCUCUCCUACAGUGGGACUUGGUGUGCGACUCCUACAAACUGAAAGAAUUGGCCCAGUCGGCCUUCAUGGCGGGCAUACUGAUUGGCGGGAUCGUGCUGGGAAACCUGUCUGACAGGUUUGGCCGGAAGAUUAUCCUGUCCUGGAGCUACCUGCUGCUGGCAGCCAGCGGCUGUUGCACGGCCUUCAGCCCCACCCUCCUGGCCUACAUGGUCUUCCGCUUCCUGGCUGGCUGUAGCAUCUCGGGCAUUACCCUGAGCACGGUGAUCCUGAAUGUCGAGUGGGUGCCCACCCGGGUACGGGCCAUCCAGUCGACCACCGUUGGCUACUUCUACACCAUUGGCCAGUUCAUUCUGCCCGGCCUGGCCUAUGCUAUCCCUCAGUGGCGCUGGCUACAGUUAACUGUGUCUGUCCCCUUCUUCAUCGUCUUCCUGUUGUCCUGGUGGAUAGCAGAGUCUGUACGCUGGAUGGUCCUGUCCGGAAAGUCCGCGAAGGCGCUGAAGAUCCUCCGGUGGGUGGCUGCCUUCAACGGCAAGAAGGAGGAAGGAGAGAAGCUCAGCUUAGAGGAGCUCAAACACAACCUGCAGAAGGAGAUCUCCUUGGCCAAGGCCAAGUACAGCAUCACCGACCUGUUCCGGACGCCCAUCCUGCGCCGUGUGUCGCUCUGUCUCUCCCUGGCCUGGUUUUCCACCGGGUUCGCCUACUACAGUUUAGCCAUGGGAGUGGAAGAGUUCGGGGUCAACAUCUACGUCCUCCAGAUCAUCUUUGGGGGGGUUGACAUCCCCGCCAAGUUCAUCGCCAUCCUCUCCAUGAGCUACCUGGGCCGGCACAUCACCGAGGCUGCGGCUCUGCUCCUGGCUGGAGGGGCUAUCCUGGCGCUCAUCUUUGUGCCCACGGAGCUGCAGACCCUGAGGACGGCGCUGGCUGUGUUUGGGAAGGGGUGCCUGUCCAGCUCCUUCAGCUGCCUCUUCCUCUAUACCAGCGAGCUGUAUCCCACCGUCAUCCGGCAAACAGGCUUGGGCAUCAGUAACCUGUGGACUCGAGUGGGCAGCAUGAUGGCCCCGAUGGUGAAGACCCUGGGCGAGGUGCAACCCUUCAUCCCCAACGUCAUCUACGGGGUCUUCGCCCUCCUGGGAGGCAGUGCUGCCCUCUUCUUGCCCGAGACCCUCAACCAGCCCUUGCCAGAGACCAUUGAAGACGUGGAAAAGUGGUCCCAGCGGGCCAAGGAGGCGGAGCCAGAGCCGGAAGCAGAAAAGGCCUCCCAGAGGGUUCCUCUGCAGCCCUGUGACCCAGGGCCCGCCCCCAGCGGAAAGCAGCAAAACGCCUUUCCCCGCCCUCCGGGGGCUGGUCCGAACCCGGGCCCUCCCCACCUCUGAGCUCUUCAGACACCCGGGGACUGAAGACAAAAUCUACUGAGCGUUGGGUGAAAGACUGUCCAUCCCACCACCACCAGCGCCCCCAGCCCAGGCCUGGCCAGUUCAAGGGUUCCUCUCCAGGCCUUCCCACACCCACCCUGCCCUCACCCUCCCUAAAGCCCAAGCCUCUGCCCUCUGUUGGUCCCUGGGGUCCCUGGCUCAGUGCUGGGCACCCAAGACAAAGACAGUCUCCCCUUCGAAGCCCUCACCCCUUUCUCCAAAAUGGCUUUCCGGGAAGUGGGGGUCAAUAAACAAUGAUGAGGGACUCA